UCCAUGCUCCAUGUAAUGAAUAAAGACGAUGGCGGUUUUAUAGAGUUUGGCUCUCAACAACAGAGAAAGAUUUCAAAUAACCCUGUCGGCUAUACUCUGCCAUUCUGUGUAGAUGACACGAACUACCUUCCGAGGGUCAGCGUAACGCGUCUUUUAUGAUUCCGCCAGGCUGAACUAAAACACCGUACUUGGUUGCUGUGGCAAUAGGCACAUCGCUGAAAUUGAAACAUUGAGAUAGCGGAAGAUAGCGAGAUAGCGGAAGAGAAAUCAAAUUUCUACACAACUGCGCGUAGUAUCAGAAAGAAAUUCACUGCAUCAUGGCUGACAGUUUUAUAACUGCGAUGAAAUACUCCAUGACCGUUGGCUGUGCAGUAGCCAUAGUCGAGAAUCUCCUUGUGAUUGCAGUGUUUGCUGGAACUAAACGGCUCCGCCUCAAAUACUACGCAUUCAUCUUCAACUUGGCCCUGGCUGACCUCCUGUUUGCCAUUGCAGGACCAACCAUUCCUUGGAUUGAGUCUAUUGUUUCUGAAUGCCUUACUACCGCAGCCUACACGGUGUCAGUAUUAACUAUUUUCUCUGCUGCUAUCAAUCGUUAUCUAGCCCUGUCCAUUAUGCCACCGGCUCGAUACGAUUCACUGGUGACUGGGUAUCGUCUGAUCGGAGUUUGCAUCCUUCUUUGGUUCUUUGGUCUUGCCUAUGGCUUAAUGUUAUAUCUCAUAUCUAUAUCUGACCCCGAUGUUAUCGUCGUAAUACGCACUUUUGGUUACUCACUGGUAGCGUUUAUAAUUUGGGUUAUCACUGCGCUUGCUUAUUUCUUGGCUUUCCGUAAGAUCAAACAGUAUAUUCCCCCUCUUGCAUCCACGGCAGGUAUUAGUGCCAAUAUGGAACGAGACCAAACCCGGGUCCAGCAGACUCGUCGUUUAUUAAUUCUGUUUGUUCUCAUUCUUAUGACGUCAUUCUUUUCUUGGAUGCCGUAUGGCAUUCUUUCGUUGAUUACCCACUUCAAACCAAACCUUUUUUAUGAUAUAACUGUCUUGGCAUUGAUUUGGCUUGGUGCCUUGCUUUACACUCUGUCUACUGUAAUCAAUCCUUUGCUUUACUGGUGGCGUCUAGAUGGUUUCAAAGAGGGUUUUUAUGCAAUGUUCUGUCGUUGUGUCAUCAAGGCAGAACCAAGAGAAACUGAAAUUGUGAUGUCUCAAAAUGAAAAUACAGUGGCAGAUACAAGUUUGUAAACGUAUGAGAGAGUACGAAACAAAAAGUAAGAAUAUAUCUAUUUUAAGUGUGGUUGAGGGAACACUUUUGUGAUGAUCGAAACACAUAUAAAUUUUUUUGUGAUUUGACGAAUAUCCCAAUUGUUAUUUUGACUUUUUAAGUAGUAACUUAUAAACAAAUCAUCAUUGUAAAUAUUUCUUAUGGAGUUCUUUUGUGAUUGGACUUUUUGAAAAAGUAAAGUCUGUUAUUAAAAUUGAUAAUUUGGGGUGACCCACCCUGCAAUAUUAAGGGAAUACAUGUGUGUUUUGGAGGUAUUAUAACACACUGUUUAAGACCGGUUUGAGUCUGGAUG